AUUUUGCAUUUCUGGGAGAGGUCUAUAUGUAAACAAUACAGAUCUCUCCCAUCAGCUCCUGCGCAUUGCUUUGUACUGCUCUGCAUAGCAGAGCAAUACAGAGCAAUAUGCUUAGACAGUGAAGCACACACACAGCGCAUCGUAAAACAGCACACAGUUAACCCUUUGAUCACCCCAGAUGUUAACCCCUUCCUGCCCAGUAUCAUUAGUACAGUGUCAGUGCUUUUUAUUAGCACUGAUCACUGUAUUAGUGUCACUGGGGGUGUCAGUGACAGUUAGUCAGUUCCCCCCCAGUGUCAGAAUGCCCGCUGCAGUCCAGCUAUAA